AUGAGCACCACACUUACCCCCAAUCAAGAAACGUUUACCAACCCUUUGGAACUACCCGAGACCAACAUCUUGGAGGAGCUGUUCAAUCGCCGUCCCUUUAAGAUCAAGCACAACCUGAACCACAACCCACUCCUCACGCUUCCCAAGCUGAUUGAAUUGUCGAAACAGCUCCCCGAGCAGCAGAUCGAGUGCAAGCUUGGCCGCGUCGACAUCAACCUGGGAAGCGGCAAAGCCCCCGACAAUGGACUGACGCCGGAAGAAACCAUCCAGCAGAUUCAGGACUGCCAGUCCUGGUUGUUGCUGAAGAACGUGGAGGUGAUCGAAGAGUACCGAGAACUGAUCGACUCUUGCUUGGAUCAGAUCGAAACCGCAUCACGUGGGUGUGCCUCUGGGAUGUACCUUCGUGAAGGCUUCAUCAUCGUAAGCUCGCCGGGGACUGUAACGCCCUAUCACCUCGAUCCUGAGAACAACUUCCUUCUUCAGAUUCGCGGUCCCAAGUAUGUUUCAAUGUGGGAUCCAACCGACCGCGUCGUUGCGUCGGAAGAAGCCGUCGAAGAAAUGUUCACUGCCGGCCAACGCUGCCUGGAAUACAAAGAAGCGUAUGCCGCGGUUGGAGAGCAGUUCGAACUACUGCCAGGCGAAGGGCUUCAUUUCCCAAUCGCCGCACCUCACUGGGUGAAGAACGGUCCGGAAAUAUCGGUCUCCUUGAGCAUCACCUUCCGGACAGAUUACUCGGCCCGCCGAGAGUCUCUUCACCGACUGAACCACAAGCUCAGAAAGAUGGGGCUCCGUCCCUCUUCGUUCGGUGUUUCGCCGUGGCGUGAUGCCGCGAAGUAUUCGUUCGUCCGUGGCAUUCGGGCACCCGUUGCCACGAGUACGCUUUCCCGCGGGUGGCUGCGCGACGCGACAUUCGACCUCAACCUGAUCGUUGUGGUGGCGAUUGUGGCCCUGCUCUCAGGGGUGGUCACCGUCAUCGAGCCCGAUCUUUUCGCAUGGGUUCUGUUCAUCGACGUGUGGUUUUUGGGCUAUCACCACGUUGCCUCGACGUUCACCCGACUAGCAUUCGAUGCAGAGAGUUUUCGCCAGCACCGGUUUCUGGUGGUGCAAUUGCCAAUUAUCGUGCUAGCCACCACGUUGGCGUUAACCAUGGCGGUGGGCUACUGGGUUCUGCCGACCGUGUAUCUGUAUUGGCAAUGGUUCCACUACACACGACAGAGCUACGGCAUCGAGCGGUGCUACCGCCGUAAAGCCGAUCCGAUGGCAAUGAUCGACGACUAUGCCACGACACGGGCGCUCUACCUCUUGCCACUGUUUGGAAUCUUUUACCGUUCGUACCAGACCCAACCGAACUUCCUGGGCAUGGACGUGAAGUACAUGCCCGUGGUUCCCGCGGUUUUGGCUCUAGUGGGUGCCGUGGCGAUUGUGGCGAUGGCGUAUUGCCUCUUCCGCCAGUUCCAGGCGUGGCGCGAAGGUCGGUUACCGCUGGCUCACACGAUGUACGUCACCACGCACCACAUCAUCUUUCUCACUGGCUACGUGCUGAUUGAAGACAUCACCACGGGCUGGUUGGUGCUGAAUGUGUGGCACAACGCCCAAUAUAUCCUGUUUGUGUGGUGGUUUAAUAACAAUCGAUUCGGGAACGAGGUGAAGCCCGACAAGCGGUUCAUCUCGACGCUGUGCCUGUCGAAGAACUUCGUAGGCUACAUCAUCGUUUGCCUGAUCAUCUCCACGGUGGCCUACAGUCUGAUGUAUCGCGCGGCGGUGCCGCUGACUUCGGCUACUGCUGUGCCGGUCGCGCUCGUGGUUCUGAUGGUGACAAACUUCCACCAUUACAUUGUCGACGGCGUCAUCUGGAAGAAACGCCGCACGCCGGCACCUCAGCCCAGCGGGAUCGAUGCGCUGGACGGCCUGCGAGGGAUCGCGAUUCUGCUGGUGUUAUUCCGACACGGAAUUCGUCCGUUUUACAACCCCAACUCGGCGGCACUGCCCAUCGGGGAUUGGGACUUAAUGACCCCCAUGACUAAUGGCUGGAUGGGGGUCGACCUGUUCUUCGUACUCAGUGGGUUUCUGGUCACCCAUCACAUCAUGCGGCGUUGGGGUGAUCGCUUUCGGUGGGGCGAUGUGAGCCAGUACUUCACGAAGCGAGUACUGAGAAUCGUUCCGGCCUACUUUGCAUUUCUAUUUAUCGUGGUCGCUGGCCUGAUUCCGAUGUACGAGAUCCCGCAGGAGAAUCUCUCGCGGCAAACGCUGCAUCACGUUUUAUUUCUUCAGGACUAUAUCCCGGGGAGGCUCGUAGUCGCCUUCUGGUCAUUGGGCGUGGAGGAGAAGUUCUACUUCCUAAUUCCUUUUCUGAUGGUCCCGAUCUUGCGGAUUCGCUCGACCCAGACAAGGUUGACGGCGAUUGCCGCACUGCUGUGCGUACCGAUCACGCUUCGAAUCAUCACCUACCUGCAGCAUGAAGGCUUUGCCUCGUACGCAGAGUUCUUCUGGACGCUUCGCAGUCCAUUCCACCUGGCCUGCGAUGCACUGCUGAUUGGCACGUUCUGCGCCCUGCUCUAUCAGCAUCGAGAGGAGUUCCCCUUGCUCGAAAGUGCCGCCUUCAACCGGGCACUGUUUUGGAGCGGGAUGCUGUGGGUGGGAUAUCUCCUGUGUGCUCGGCCGCUGACGAAUUCGCUGGAUUGGUUUCGCGCAACCUUGCUUUUCCCGGCGCUGGCCGUCGGAUUCGGGGCGAUCUUGCUCAGCCUGGCCCUGAAACCGGGCCGCUAUUCGCGUGUUUUCUGCUCGCCUGUGUUGUUCUUCUUCUCGAAGAUCUCGUACAGUCUGUAUCUUGUGCACAUGGUGUUUAUCGACAGCGUGUACCACGUGGCGACGUACAUCCCCGGCUUCGAAUCGCUGCCUCGGGGCGGGCAAUUUUUGAUCUAUAUGCCUAUCUACACUGGGGUUUCGAUCGCCGCUGCCCUGGCUUUGCACUACCUGGUCGAGAAGCCAUUCUUGCUGCUGAAGGACUACGAUCGCCGCCCGGUCACGACGUAUCGUGUCGAGCAGAGAGUCGAUGCAGUCUUGAACGGUCAACCUGCCAUUCUUCUCGUCACGAGGGCAGAAAUGCCACAGGGUACGAUCAAGAAGCUCGUAACGGACAAGGGUUUUGGCUUCAUCGAGGGCGAGAAGAAUGAGUUGUUCUUCCACCACUCCGAAGUUCAAGGCGUCACCUUCGAGGAGCUUCGCGAAGGUCAAACCGUUGAAUUCGAAGUUGGCCAAGGCCCCAAGGGUCCUCGUGCUAACUCGGUGCGACUCGUCGGCUAG